GUCAACAAACCCAAGCUCGGGAGAUGUCAGAGGAGAGUCAGGUCCCACCGUCUUUUCCAGCAGAUUCAAUUAAAGUGGUCGCAGAAAGCAUAGGCAUCAAUGGGAUAGGUGAUGAUGUUGCCAAGGAACUUUCAGAAGAUGCCACCUUCAGGUUAAAGGUUUUAAUACAGGAUGGGAUGAAGUACAUGCACCAUGGGAAGCGGAAGCGGUUCUGUACUGCUGAUUUUGACCACGUAUUGAAGAUGAAAAAUAUUGAACCUCUGUAUGGCCUACAGUCUGUGGAACACAUCCCCUUCCGGUUUGCAUCUGGAGGUGCUGAGCUACACUUUUUAGAGGACAAAGAAAUUGAAAUCAAUGAAGUGGUAUCAUCACAGACGCCUCGACUACCCUUGCAAACGACCAUAAAACCCCAUUGGUUAGCCAUUGAUGGGGUUCAACCAACCAUCCCAGAAAACCCUCCACCAAUCACCAAAGCCAUUCAGAAGAAAGACUCAGUGGACCCAGCAGCCAAGCUCCUGGCACAGCAAGACAACAAGGAUCAAAAGCACAUCCAUGGACGUGGCAUGAAGAGUAUCGAGACUGUGAAGGUGAAACAGUUGGCUACUCAUGAACUUUCAGCAGAACAGCAACUAUAUUACAAGGAGAUCACGGAAGCUUGUGUCGGAUCAGAUGAACCUAAAAGAGGGGAAGCCCUUCACAGUUUGGCAUUCGACCCUGGUCUCCACCAAAUGGUACCUCGACUCUGCACCUUCAUUGCUGAAGGCAUGAUACUCGUCGUUCAGAAGAAUUUGGCACUUCUUAUUUACUUAAUGAGAAUGGCAAAGGCUCUCCUUGAUAAUCAAACACUGUACCUGGAAAAAUAUUCGUCAAUCAGAAGGCCCGACAUGGACAACCACUGGGCACUGAGAGAUUUUGCUGCCCGUCUCAUCUCACAAAUUUGCAAAAAUUAUAACACCACAACAAAUGGCCUGCAGACACGCAUCACAAGAGUCUUUUCAAGAUGCCUAAACACAGACAGAACACCAUUGUCAUCUGUCUAUGGUGCUGUUGCAGGUUUGUCGGAACUUGGUCCUGAAGUUACUAAGGUGUUUGUUUUGCCAAAAUUAAAGGCUCUAAGUGACAAGAUCGAGCAGUGCAUGGAAGGAAUGAAUGCAGACGACAAGAAUGCCGCUUCCCACAUCAAGGGCCUGUUGCUGAAAACUGUUGCACCAGUCCCCACACUGCGCAACCCUCCAGAUACUGUGGCAGAUUAUAAAGCUGAGUAUGGCUAUCUGGGUCCACAGUUGCAGGUGGCUGUAGUCAAGGCACGGCAGGCUCCACCUCCCACUGCCACCACUCACUGCACCCAUCAGAGCCAUCACACCUACCACAACACGCAUUAUACAACAAGGUGGUAUGCCAGGGAUGAGUACCAUGGGACCUCGGACUGUAGUGGUAAACAAACCUGCCACUUCAAGCAUAGCACAACAGCAACCUGGCCAGAAAGUGAUCAUAAUGACUUCUCGGCCACCUACACCAAGUCAGAAACCAUGGGUGGAGUAAUGAAAACUGCAGUUGUCAAUGCAGGCGGUCCAUGCAGCACAGGACUUACUACUGUCACAGUUAACCCUGGGAGUUUACCUGCUGGUUCUCUAACCCAGACCACUAUGGGCACAAAUGUCAUUGCUCCACAGACUGCUGCACACCAAACAACUAAGUAUGUUGUUGUAACAGCACCAAACCAAGUUUCCAUCAAGACUGAGAUUAAAGAAGAACUAGAGCCAUCCUAACCUCAGCCUGUGCAUAUCUCUUGAUCUUCUUUUCAAUUAGUGUCUUUGUAUCCACAUCAUAACAUACUGUAUAAACCUUUUACUCAUGUGAACCUCCUUCAUACAUCAGACUAGGAUUUUGUGACUCUGCAUCUGGGUCACCACCCCUUUAAUUAAGUUUUGGCGGCAAAAAUAUGCUUUAUUAUUAAAGAGCUAACAUGAGAUUGACUAGUGAGUGCUGGAGCCCUUGUCUUCAAAUUUCAUAGAUACUGUAAAGUAUUCUAGAUUAUUGCACAAAUUCAUAGAAAACAUUACAGUACAUGAAUUAUUUAUUAAACAUUUUUACAGUUUAUCCUUCAUUUGGUGCUUUUUUUAUAUACUUGUACCAUACACUCGCUCCAAAAAGUAUCUUUACGGAGGGGUCCAAUGAAUUUUAAAAAGAACAUCGCAAUUCCUGUUGUCUCGUUAGGGUUGUCAAAAUCCUUCGUCCGUUGUUUCAUAUUGUUUUACACAAAAUCGUAAAAAUAAUAUUUGGAGCGAGUGUACAGUCACUGGAACCCCAUAUGAAAUGUACUCAAAAUAUAUUCAUACAGUGAAGUAUCUGUCAACAGAAAGUCUACUUCACAAAAGAUUUGAUCAUUAUAAAUGUGAAAUAUAAGAAUAUAGAAUAACUUUCUUUUGUUUAAUUUUCCAUAUUCUACAUUAGAGUAAAUGUAGAUAUAUUGGACAAUUAAGCAACUGGCCGAGUGACUGUGUGUGGUGGUGAGUGAGAAGUCUACUUGUCUGUUUGAGGAGUAAAUUAUAUGAUGAUUGUAGGAGAACGAUGACACAUUGAGAGCUUAUUUGUAAACUUAAUAACAUUGACAAUGAAGUAAGCAAGUUUAUUGUUAUUUGUAGAAACUGAUAUAUGAUCAAACUGACAAAAGCAUUAUGGUUUAUUACAAACUUUACUUGGACACAUUCAUUGUACACGUAGUAUUCACAUUUUACUGAAGCCUUUUGAUCCUAAAUGCUUUGGUUGACAGAUACUUUACUGCACAAGAAAAAUAACACAGUGCAGAAAGUUUUAAUUUACUUCAUUGAAUUUAUACAGUACUGUACAGUAUUUCUGUUUGACCAAACCUGUAUACAUAAAAAUGUUCUGUUAGUGAUAAUUAAUAUGGGUAUGGGUGUUAUGGAAAACAGCUUCCUCACUCAAUAUUGUAUUCAUAUUUAUUUGUUCUUAAUUGUAACCCAGAGUUCUCAGAGUUGCAUAGACAUAGUCAAGAAAAAAUAAUUUAUCAUAAGGUAGAUCUCACAUUAACCAUUCACUGUUUUCAUGUAUUCACCCAACAGAUUUGUGUUGCAAUGUUGUCAAGCAGAAACACUUGCAAUUUUAAAAUUGCAAGCCAUAUGAUUGAAUAGAAUGUAGGUUAACAUUAAUUUAUCAAAUUAUUUUUAAUUCUAUAGUGUAUAUGAAUACAGUACAAUAAAAUCAUCUGUCUUCUCUAUUUAUGAUAAAACCAAAUAAAUAUAAUUAUUAAUAA